AUGAGACCGAUAACAAGGAUACCAUUCAUCAGAUACAGCUCAACUCUACCCUGUUCCAGUCUGAACUUGAAUGUUUUACAUAAAAAUGACCUAAAGUUGGAUAGAAAUGGACCAAAACUGAGUCACAGUUGGCUAAAAUCAACGAGGAUUGAGUCAAAAAGAUGGCAAAUGUAAGUGAAUUAGUUAAUAUUUGGAUAUCAUAAUGUAAAGGAGAGGUAUUUACCUUAAUAGUGUUCUAAAGCAAUUAUACCUGGCUUAUAAUUUACAUUAUCUUAGUGUCUAUCGUCUUUUUGAUCCAAUAUUGUUUACUUUUUCGAUAUAAAACAUGCCUUUUUUGGUCACAAAGUGAGUAGAACUAUCUCAUUUUUUAUAUAUCUUUUCCUCACAAUUCUCUAUCCAUUUCUUAAACAGAAUAAUCAAAAAACAUGCGGGCAACCUCACCUCCUAUGUUAAUAUUGUGUGUUUCUUGAGCCCGAGGGGCGAGUUUAGUGAUGUCUGUCUGGAGAAACUUGUUUCCCCACUUCCAGGAUGUCAUCAACGACUUUUUCGGAUGCCAUUUUAUCCAUCAAAUAAGAUAUCAAAACGCCGUUCAAGCUUUUUUUCUCGAUUCUCAUCGCCAAAGGUGGCUGGAGGGAAAUAAACUUAUCCACGGGGUUCGUCUCUUAGUUCACGUUCAAUGAGCAACUUUUGAAAAUUGAUAUGAGGGUGGAUUGGUAAUUGUCGUGAAGUUGGUUGGCAAGGUUUUUGGAUAGUUCAGUCAGCUUUUUAUUAAAAUAUGGUAUUUGACUUUAAAAAAGGGGAUCAACUUUGUUGCACGGUGCAGACAUUUUUAAUUUGUCAAAACUUGUAUUGGGAAAAUUUUUUUUAAGUAUGAAAAAUUAGAAACUAUAGGAAAAUUGCUAGCUUUUGCCAUAUGGUCCAAAAAAUUAUGUUAUACUUAACUGUGAAAAAAAAAGGUGAUCAACUUUAGUGCACGGUGCAGUCAUAAAAUUCAAUAAAAUGCACAGUGCAGGUUUGAAUGGCCAAAAUUUGAAAGCUUUAUAAUGUUCAAUAUUAGAUAACAAUAUUUUGUUCUGAACCCCAUUUUUAUGAAGCCACUUCUUGUCCGACCAAAUUUUGUCGAAAUUGAUUUUUUUGGCGCCAAUUCGGGAUUCAAAUGAGCGCCAUUUUUCGAAAAAACCCAAAAUCGGAAAAGUGGGAAAAGUCGUCAGGACCUGCGAGGACACUCAAAUGUGGGUAAUAUUUGAUCUCGGCACUUAAUCCUUUUUCUUAUACAUGCUUUUCGUAAUUGUUCUAUCUCUGUUUUAUUAGUUUAGAUCGAUUUAUAUUAUCUUAGGUCGACUUAUAUUAUGUUAGGCAUUUUUUGAAGAGCUUCGUCUAAUUUUUUAAUUUUUUAGGUCGUAUCCCACCUUCGAAACUAUGAAGAAUCGUUAUCACUUGUCGAAUGGUUCUAUUCAUCUGAUUGUUGGCCCUAUGUUCAGCGGUAAAACGUGAGUUUUGUGGAAUCUUGUUUUUAUAUUGUAGUAGGUAGGAGGUAUGGAAAGGGUGAAAAAUCAAUGAUCUUCAUGGAUUUUUUGGCUGUUUUUGAUUCCUGGGUAUCGAAAAUGGAAGUAUUAGGUUGUUUAAAUAAUUCUGUUCUCGGUAAAUCUGCUUUGAAAGGGGCACAGAAUUAUGUGUACAAUCUAAUACUUAAUGGCAUAAGGCUUUUGCGAUUAGUUUUUAAAAAAUAUUUUGUUUAUGAUAUUAAAAGGCCUAAAUUAACACCAUAAUGUAGCUAGUAUUAUAUUGAUGAUGGCUCUAGUACGUGCCGAAAAAUUGGUGUCAGUUACCUAUGGACGUAAUGAAAGACGUAAUAAAUGUUAUUUUGUAAAGUUAAUUACUACAAUUGUAACAAUGUAACUAUAAUAGUAAAUAUUUGUGAUUACUUCAAGGUAAUUACUGGGUGUAACACUCUUUACUGUAAAGUUAUAAUUAUGGCAUGGCACUGGUCUUAAAUAUAGAAUUAUGAUGUGGUUUGUAAACACUAGGUUGAUUUUAAGAUGUUUAGUGUUAUCUGUAACAGUAUGUUACGAUUUUGUGAUUAAGAUAUGGUUUAGUACUUUAUACUGUAGGGGUACUGUAUUCGGUAGAAGUACGGUGUUUAACUUAUUAAUGAAUAUGUUUUCAGUACGGAGUUGUUUCGACUGUCCAACAGAUAUAGUUUGGCUGGGAAAAGGGUUGUGGUGGUGAAAUACGCCAGAGACACAAGAUACGACGAUCUUAUGGUUUGCACACAUGAUCUGUAAGCUUUUUAAACUUUUGUAAUGGAUAUGUAAAUUUAGUUUUUGUAAAAUACGAAGUUGCUUAUGUUUAUUAUAAAAAAGAAAUGUGUUUCAGCCGCAAAAUGGAUGCGAUCUCAGCCGUGAAGGUGAACGACGUUUGGGAUGAGCUGAUCAAGCACGACGUGAUCGGAAUUGACGAGGGACAGUUUGUAAGUCAUUUUUGUUGCUUCGGAAUAAUGGGGUUAAGCUUUCAGAUAUGAAAGAUAGUUUUUGCCUGCGGCGUUUAUUUAGGCUUGAUUCCAAAAUUUGGCUAGGCUUUUUUAAUCUCUGUUGAGCCAGGUUUAGCGGCCUUCUUUUAGGUCUAUGGAAAGCUUGACUUUGUUUUUAGAAAUGUGGCUGUACACUUAAAAAAUGAAUUUUAAAAUUUCAGUUUGACGAUGUUGUGGAGUGUGCUGAACAGUUGGCUGACAUGGGAAAGACUGUCAUCAUUGCUGCUUUGGAUGGCGACUUUCAGCGAAAGGUAAGCCUUAUAUUGUUAUAUCGAAUGCUUGUAUACUGAUCAGCCUUUGGAUAUACAGUGGUCUCUCUGUAUAGUGAACCAUCUGUAUAAGCAACUCUCUUUAUAGUAAACAAGAAAUUUGGCCCCGUCAAGCCAAUUUGCACUAAAUAGUCUCUGUGUAAAGAAAACACUCCUUAUAGUAAACACAAAAUGUCGAUCCCUUCGGGUUGCUUAUAUAGAGAGAGUAAAGUACAGUGAAACCUCUUCAAUAUGACUCUUGAUAGUGUGACACCCUCCAUAUAAUGACAGCUUUUUGACUGUCUUUUUUUUGUAAAAGAAAUUGUAUCAAAAAGUACCUGGAUAGUGUGGCAUUCUGGUUAUAAGGACAGGUUUGGACCAGUCUUUCGAGUGUCAUACUAAAGAAUUUUGACUAUAUAUAGCUGCAUGUUGUUGUAUCGAUACUUAUGGGACUUACUAUAAUAGUAUUUUCUACCAAUUUAUAAGUGUCAUACCAAGUUUGACUGUAUAUUUUUGAUGAUUUUUACAUAUAUUAAUGAUAAUUAUGUAUUUAUGAAAUUUAAAACUCAGCUGUUCUUUUGCAAUAUUCAUGUUGUUUAUGCUGUUUAACCUCUUAAGGUUAAUUUGUUCUUGCAUCUAGUCUAGUAUUCUGUUGUUCAUACAUAAUGCAAAUUGUAAUUCUUUAUGUAAAUGACAGUGCUAAUGCAUUUAGGUAACAGAAUUGAUAAUUUUAUAUAUUUUUUCUUAUUUAUGAGAGUUAGGUUGGUUUAAAAGUCUGUAGAAAUUGUUUUUAUGAGAACAGAUGGAUAUUAUUGGAGGUUUUUUUUGCUAGAAAGGUCUAUUUUAAAAGUUUUAAAACAUUUAAAUUUUUGAAUUUUUAAUGUUUAAAAUUGAAAUUAAAUCUAUUUUCAGCCCUUCCCCAACAUUGCCACUCUAUUUCCGUUGGCCGAGAAGGUGGACAAGGUCAACGCGGUAUGUCGGUGUGGAGACGACGCGUCGUUCACGUUACGCACUGUGAAAUGCAACCAGGUGAGGGCGAAUCACGGGCAUGAACAAUAUAUUUUGCAUUAUUCAUUUCGCUGACUUUACGAAAUGAAUAAUUCAUGUUUAAUUUGAAAUGCCAAUGUUAGACUGAUUUGUAGUAAGAUUAAGGUGUUAGUAAGGUUAAUAUUUGGGUUUAUAUUAUAAUUAUAGAGUUAGAGUGAUCAAAAGUAGCUUUAUAAAGGAGCUUUAGAGAUGGCAAUGUUAAUAUCAAUCAAAAACUUUACAUUUUAAACUGAUAUACCAAAGUAACAUGGCUGAAAACACGAGUAUAACAAUAUUGUUGUAGGUGGAAGUGAUUGGCGGCAAAGAAAUGUACGAAGCCGUCUGCCGAACCUGCUAUCAUGAACAAGUGGCACUUCAAAAGAAGUACGACGAAGAAGUGAAGAAUAAGGACAAGAUGUCGAUUGAUAAGACCAAUGUUCUGAAACGAGUACAUUCGAUUGAAAAUGGCACGGCUCCAGAAGACUUGGGCAGGAAACGACAAGUGGUUUAA